AUGUGGACCCAGGAAAGCGCUCUGAUGCUUCUGCUCGCCUGCUGCCUUUGGUCGGCCGAGGCCCAGAGCGACAGGAGACAAAACAUCUGGGACGAUCCCAUCAAAUUCAAAACCCAGGCCAAGGACGCGUGCACCAUGAUCAUCACCGGUCAAGGGGAAUACACCCGGCUGAAGCUGUCGUGCCGGAGCAGCAAGCGCUCCUACUGGUGCGAAUACGUGGGCAAGCCGCACACCUGCAGCCCCUACAACAAAAACCCUCGUCACUACUUCGUCCAGAUGAUGUGGGGCCUCAGAAAGCUCCACAACGCCUGCCUGGCGCAGAGGCAGAUCAAACCUCACAUGUGCAGGAAGGCGACCGACGAGUCUCAGAUGGUCUUCUCGGGCGCUUCCUUCCCCCGGUCGGUGGCAGAGGCUUCAGCUCGGAUGAGACCGGCCGCACAGCCCGGCAGACCUUCACCCACGAGGCCUCGUCCUUCGCCCACGAGACCCGGUUCUGCGAGGCUAACCGUUGGAGUCCCGCCACGAAUGCAGCCCACACCGAGAGCCAGUCCGCCACCAGCAACCACCCCCGUGGAGAGCAACGCUAAGAGGAUGGCUCAGCAGUACUGCUGGAGGUCACUUCAAGGCAUCUGCUCCUACUUCAUCGGUUUCGUUCGGCACUAA